CCGGCGGCGGGCGGGAUGGCGGGAGCCCCCGCGCCGGGCAGCAGGCGGCAGGGCGGGCCCCUGGCGCCCGGCCUCGGCCCGGCGCCCGGCCUCGGCCCGGCGCCCAGCAGCAGGCAGCCCCCGAGCAAGCGGGCGCGGAGCUUCCCGUCGGCGGCAGCCCCGGACCCCGAGGACCCGUUCGGCCUUCACGGGGACUUCACGGCGGACGACCUGGAGGAGCUGGACAUCCUGGCGUCGCAGGCCCUGAGCCAGUGCCCGCCCGCAGCUCGGGGCGCGUCCGGUGUUCAUAGCGCCCCCAGAUCAGGUGGGGUGUCCAAAAGUCCUGCAGGGAGAAACAGAGAGAGUGCUGCAGUCCAAGAUAAUUUUGAAAUAGAGUUACUUCAGGCCCAAUACAAAGAACUUAAAGAGAAGAUGAAGGCAAUGGAAGAAGAAGUUCUCAUUAAAAAUGGAGAAAUUAAAAUUUUGCGGGACUCACUGCAUCAGACAGAAUCGGUUUUGGAGGAACAGAGAAGAUCGCGUCUCCUGCUGGAGCGGGAGACAGCGCAGGCACUGAGCGACAGGGAGAAGGAGUUCUCCAAAAAGCUCCAGUCGCUGCAGUCCGAACUCCAGUUUAAAGAUGCGGAGAUGAAUGAAUUAAGGACAAAGCUUCAGUGCAGUGAACGAACACAUAAGCCAGCUGUUCCCUCCGUGUCCCACGGCAGUCCUAGGAAAAGCCCUUCUGUGGUUCUAAAGCCAGAAGCGUGUUCUCCACAAUUUGGAAAACCAUCUUUCCCUACAAAGGAGUCUUUUAAUGCUAACAUGUCCUUUCCCCACCCCCGCCACCCAGAGCCAGGGUGCAAGUCGCUGGCGGGCCGAGAGGAAAAUAAGACCCACAGUCUGGGAGGUGACCCCCCAAAGCAAGAAGAGUCCCCAAAAAGUCUUGUUGGCAGCCUGAUGCAGAGAUCAAACCCUCAAGGUUCCAUUUUGAUCAGCCUUCUCCUGAAGCAGCCGUUGAUCCCGGGGUCACCCCUCGGUCUGUGCCACCUCCUGAGCUGUGGUUCUGAGACUCCCACCAGCACCCUGCUGCAGCCCCUGGGGCUUGGCAGCACCGGGGCUGGGAUUUCAGGCCUGAGGACCACAGGCUCUCGCGAUGGGCCGUUUCCCCUCUCGGCCCUACGAGAAGCACAGAACCUGGCUCUGACAGGACUGAACCUGAUCGCCAGGGAGGAGGACUCCUGUGCCGGGGCCUCAGCAGAGGGGGACCCGGGGGCCUUCCCGCUCUGCCCGCUUCCUGGCGCCGUGCACCUGCUCCCCCUGGUGCAGUUCUUCGUGGGCUCACACUGCCAGGCGCUGCAGGACUCCGCAGCAGCCAGGAGGAGCGGCGCUCCGGGGGGCUCGCCCUCACGCUCCUCCUGCGGGAGCACCGGGGCGGAGGCCAGCACCGAGGACUCCCUCUGCAGCCUGGAGAGCUGCUGCGUGGCCUCGCUGGGCGUCCUCCAGCACCUGGUGUGCCACAGCGGGGCCGUGGUCCGCCGCCUGCUGUCCGGAGCGGGUGAAGGAAGCCAGAGCCCACCUCCCCCUGGGGACACCCCCUCAGCCGCGGGGGGCCUUGCCGAGGACCAAGGCCAGCACCCCCUGCUGGAGGUGCUGCUCCGCCUCUUAGCUUUCUCCUCUGCAGCCACAGGCCACCUUCCAGCCAGCCUCCUCAGCCAGUGCCUUAAGGUGCUGGUGAAAUUAGCUGAAAACUCUCCCUUUGAGCUCUUGCCCAGGUUCCAGUGUGUGUUCCCGCUGCUGCCACGGUGCCUCCGCCCAGACGUCGCCCUGCCCAGCGUGCUGCUGGCGGUGGAGCUCCUGGCCCUCCUGGCAGACCACCAGGCGCUGGCACCUCAGCUCUGCUCCCGCUCGGAAGGGUGCCUCCUGCUGCUGCUGUACACGUACAUCACCUCCAGGCCCGACGGCGCGGCCACGGACACGCAGUGGCUCCACCUGGAGCAAGAGGCCGUGUGGCUCCUGGCCAAGCUGGGCGUACAGAGCCCCUUGUCCCCGGUCACUGGCUCCAGCUGCCAGUGCAACACGGAGGUGGUCCGGGUGCUCACGGUGGUGCUGCACAGACAGUGGCUGACAGUGCGGAGGGCAGGGGGCGCCCCGAGGACGGCACAGCAGAGGCGCACGGUGCGGUGUCUGCGGGACGGGGCGCUGCUGCUGCACAGCCUGUCCCAGAAGGACAAGCUCUUCGCCGUGCACUGCGUGGGGGUCCUGCACCAGUACGACCAGGCCAUGCCCGGGGUCAGCGCGCUCAUCCGCAGUCUCCCCGACGUGACCGACUGCGAAGAGGCUGCCCUGGAUGACCUUUGCGCGGCGGAGCCCGACGCAGACGACCCCGACAUGGACUGCGGCUGAGGUCUGAGCAUCGCGCCCACGGCUUCCUCCCGGGCUGAUUAAAGCAGUGCUGCCGAGAACGGCCUUUUG